AUGUCGACCCCAAAGUCCACCCCCGGCGGCCAUGUCGACGGAGCCGCCACCGCCGCCGCAAACGACCCUCCUCCCACCUACGCGCCCCCGACGUACGCCACCUUCUCGCCCGCGCACCUCUCGACCGCUGCCUCGGCCGCGAAACGGAGGUCCACCAUCUUGGUGCAUCACAAGUCCCCCUUGCUGCUUGCGACCCCGCCACAGAUCACACGCGCCCUUGCCUACAGCCACCCCUUUCUCCUGCCGCUGAACCGCUUGGUCGGACUGCUGAGCUGGACCACGGGGGAUCCAUGGGAGAGCUUUCUGCUGCUGGUCGCCUUCUGGGCUGUUGUGCAGUAUGGCGACGUCGUCCUGCGCCUCGCCGGGCCCAUCGUCGUGGUCAUGGGUAUCAUAAGUGGCAUGUACGGUCGAAGAUACAGUCCGCUGUCUAGUAGCGGUUGGGCCGAGCAUCCGAGUGUCGCCAACAACAAGGAAAAGAGCAAGACCACCACGGGGUCGGCCGCCGCGAAUUCCGGCCCGGCACACAAGCGCAUGGCGAGCGAGGUCACCAGUACGAGACACCAGAAGACCCUGGACGAGAUUGUCGAGACCGUCAAAGUCUUCACCACACGCUGCAACAUCCUGCUUGAGCCUCUUCUUGCCAUGACCGACUUUCUGUCCACCCAGCGAACCGCCACCAGUGCCACCACGCGGCCAGCCCUGACUACCCUGUUCGUACGAAUACUCGCCGUGACGCCCAUAUGGGUCGCCCUGACUUUGCCACCUUUGCGUAUCAUCACGACGAAGAGGGUGGUGCUCGUUUUUGGGACAUUGGUGCUUACGUGGCAUUCGAGGGUCUGCCGUGUUUCGAGGACUUUGUUGUGGCGGAGCGCCAUUAUGAGGAAAAUAACAAGAUGGGUGACGGGACUACAAUUCGAAAGGCCAGAAAAGUCGAAAGCUGGGGUCACCAACGAGGACCAACCCACCACCGAGGCGCGGAAGCCCAAACAGGCGCACCAGGCAGCCAAGGUAUCAUCAUCUGCUCUGACCGAGGCGCUCCAGCGCAGUCGCUCCGGCACCAAUGAUUCAGGGGUUCGCUUCACCUUCAUCUUGUAUGAAAACCAGAGGCGGUGGCUUGGCUUGGGGUGGACCACCAGCCUGUUUGCCUAUGAACGUGCGGCCUGGACGGACGAGCAAAAUAACCCUGUGCCACCGAAAGAUGGCUUCGAGCUGCCCGAGGUUGAAGAUGGUCCUGCUAAAUGGAGGUGGGUCGAGGGAAGCAGGUGGCGUGUCGACGGCGUGCCGGACCUGGAAGAUGGCGACUAUGACACCGACGCGGGCAAGAUGGGGUGGAUCUUUUAUGACAACAAGUGGCAAAAUGGCCGCAGGGGUAGUGACGGAUGGGGACGUUACACACGAAGACGGAAGUGGUAUCGUGAUGCCGAGCUCGUCGAGGCGCCGACCGAGCCCCCUUCUCCUACGCCACCGGAGUUACCUGCAAGACCUCGGCCAGUCCCACCAUCCGCCCCCGAGAAGGUGGACUCCUCUGCAGUGUCGACGUCUUACCCUGAUACAUCAACCUCGGACCCCGAAAAGGACAGGGACAGGGACAAACCAAAGAGCGAAGAUGAUGACGUUUCAAUGCUUAGUACCUCGUCUAAAUCGGCUCGGUUUAGAUUCCCGGGUCCCUCAUUACGUCGGCGCACAACAGGCAACUCCCAUCGUACUAGACGGACGAGCGAGGCGGCUAGCCUGCGGUCGAAUGACGAUGAGAGCACUUUGACGCCUGCGUUGGAGCUCGAAAUUCAGGGGUAUCAAAAGGGGCAGGAUCAGUGGGGGAUCGGCGAUGAGCUUCAGAUGGGACUCGAAUGA